AUGACCGUGAACAUCCUGAACGGUCUCCGCGAAGAACACAAACUGUGGCCUUGGGAAGAAAAAGCUCGACAGGAACUCAACGAAAAUCCCGACGCAACCGAUGGACUGCUGCUCGAUCUGAAGGAGAAAAUCAAAGAAUAUUCCAUCGAGAUGAAGAAUUUCAGACCUCGAACAGACGAUGAGUUUCUGAUGGCGUUUCUCCGGAGUCGCAAGUUCGAUCUGCAGAAAACUUUUAAUGGCUACUGCAAGUUCCACAAAAUUCGGCUCUGCAACCCGCAGAAAAUCUUCCCGGUGGGUAGAGGGCCUAAACACUACAGCAGAGUUUAUACGAAUCCGAUCGGGACGAUUGCGGAUCGACGGAAUCCGCUCGACGGGACCACAGUUUUCAUCUGGAGCUUUCGGAAUUUCGACGCGAGCAAAGAUGAAUACGAAGAUGUCUUCAAUGCAUCGUAUCAAGUCAUCACAGAGCUCAUCCUCGAUCCGUCAAUCCAGACGUACGGCUUCCGUUUCGUGUUCGAUCUCACAGGACUGAAUUAUUGGAUCGUUGCAGCUCUGCUCAGCAGAUUCUACUUGAACAAGGCGAUACUCAUGGCCCAGGGCUCAUCCCCGAUGCGCUUCAAAGGAUUCCACGUGAUCAACGGGCCCGCACGGGCAACGAGGAUGGUGUUUCAAGCGUUCCGACCACUUCUGCCGAAGAAAAUGCUCGAGCGUGUGCAUUUCCAUGACAGCUGUGAACAGCUGCACGCGUUCGUUUCGCCGAGUAUCCUACCUGAUACACUAGGUGGCGAGACUGGUCCGUGGAGUGGCUUACGCCUAAAAGAGGCCAUGGACCAGCUGAACGACAAGAUAGUCCAGCAAACGUAUUUCGGAUUCAUAAGUCUGUGAUAUUACCUCGGGGAAAGCCUAGUUGAAGAGAAAUAUUCUAUGAAACAAGAAACAUUCCGAAUCCGCCUGCAUCCGCGGAUAACGCUGCAAUGAUUCAGCCGCGAUCGCAACGACUUGUAUCGUGACGCUUCAGGAAUAUGAUUCGUAGACCGGGAGGCACAGUUUCCAUUACGCUAGGAAGUUCUCCUUCUGUCAAUGGCGGAUUUUUUCCUGUUCAUCCCCGUGAGUCGGGCCUGAUUUUGGGAGGCGCAUCCAGUGCGGCGCAUAUUUCGAGAACAGCUUGUCUUCCAUCUCAGCGUGGAAAGUUCUCUACCGAUGAGAAGGUAACGAUUGUGAUGCUCGAAGCUCCUCAGCGGAGCCGGGAAGAAGUCAAGCCCGAAGCGGAGAGUUCGUUCAGCCGGGGAACCAGCUUUCGAAUGUGCGAGAGCGGUCAACCAAAGCUCUCCGCUCUGAGCGCGGGGCCGGUCAUCGUCGUCAGCUUCAUGCCUCCUGUGGAGGGAUUCCCAGUCGGUCUCGAGCGCGAUCAAAUUCGCGUUCCUUGCUCAAUUCGCUUUGCGAGUUGCACUUUAUAACAAGGAAGAAAUUAUUUAUUGUUUGGAGUCGCCAAUCCCUUAAUUAGUCGUCUUGUCCGCUGUAUGUGAUGCGCGUGUCUGCCCCGCAUUUUCUCGGAGCUGUCCUUACUGGCGAAGCAAAGAUUACGAUUAGGAACGAAAUUACUCGACGAUGUAGGACUAUUCUCAUAAAACAUUGUUGAUGAGUAUCUCAUCGAGUUCU